AUCCCCUUCAUUUUUCAAUUUUCACAGCCACUAAAAGCACCUCUCUGUCCUUCACUAUAUAUCCAUAACCCAAACCCUCUCCCUUUUCCCCAUUUUUGCAAAAUGCAAAUGCAGAUGCAGCCAAGUCCUCUGCUUUCUUUCUCCCCCACCUCUCCAAGCUUCAACUCUUACUCCUCCGAAGAGAUGGCGGCGAUAGCUGCCAGGGUGGCGGAGGAAUUUAGAGCUGAAUCUGGUCACCCUGAAUUCAAUUCAUUUCAUGAGUAUUGUGAUGCCCCAAUCCCACGCCAAGAAAGCGAUGCAAGUGAAGCCAAUACUUUUCAUGAUUAUUGUGAUACAUCAAUCCCGCAUGAAGAAGAUAGUACGACGGUGAGUGGUAUAUAUGGGUCAGAACGGCAAGAAGACGGUGAUGAUGUUGAAGAUGAAGAUUUUGAAUUCGCGUUUGUUUGUGGAGAGCCGGAAUCCUCUUCAAUCACUGCCGAUGAGAUAUUCUACAAUGGCCAAAUCAGACCCAUCUAUCCACUUUUUGACACCAGCCUUCUCGCCGGCAUCAGCUGCGACUCCAGCGAAGCAAAACCCAGGUCACGCCGUCCGCAGCUAAGGAAGCUACUAACAGAAGAACGCGAAGCAGGGGCGGCAGCGGCGGCGGCGGCGACUGUAGGAUCCUGUUCGUCGUCAGAGGCUGAAGAGUUCGAGGGGCUGGCUCCGGAGACUUAUUGCGUGUGGACACCGAAAGAUCGGAGGUCCCAAGAAUCUUCACCAGAGAGAUGCGGGAAGAGCAAUUCGACGGGGACUUCCAAGAGGUGGCGGCUGGGACAACUGAUGCGCAGGAGCAAUAGCGACGGGAAGAACACAUUGGUCUUCUUGUCGCCGAGCAGGAGAGACAAAGGAACCGGCGGUGGCGACCACGACGGCAACGGCGGUGAUAGGGACCGCAAUGGAGGAGAGAAGAGGAAAUCGAUUCUGCCAGAGAAGCAGGACUUUUUGGGCUUCUUCUUUAAUGUGAAUGGAUUGAGUAGAAAUUUGCAUCCAUUUUGAAGAAAUUAAAGGUUAGCUUUGAUAUUUCUUUUUGUUGUUUUGCAUUGUGUCAAGAAAGUAAAUUAUUACAGACGAGUUAUGUUCUUAUGAGGAAAUAUAUUUCAUCUUUAGGGAUUUAUUUUUUCUUUUAGAAGUACAAGUUGUCCAUGGUAUAUCUAGAUGCAACCCGAAAUUGAAGAAUGGGACCCUGUGUUUGUGCCUCUUUAAAAGUGCUAGCAAUUGAAGCAAUGAUCUUGUAUCUUCGACUUUAGUGGCGGCCGCCUUAAGCCCGCAUUAGAUGUGUAGUCAAUAUAGUCCAGCCCACUCAUUCAAUUUACUUCUGGUUUUGAUAUGGGCCAUCGGGGGCCCAUGAUUUAUAUUCUUACUAGGGGUUAUUAUGGGCCGUUACUUGCCCUCUUAAUAAUCGACCUUAAAUCUGGCACACAUUAAAAUCCAGUAAAUGAAAAUAAUGGGCCAAUGACAGCCCAAAUUCAUUAUGGGCUAGAGCUAGCCCACAUUAAAACUUCAAUGAAAGGUUUACAGUCCA